AUGAAGGAGGACCCUUUAUCGGAAACUUCAUCGUCGUCUUCGUUCGUUCCUGUUGAGCAGGUUCGUCUUGAGGAUGCGCUACAGAUAAUUGAUGAGGAAAAGCACUUCAAUAAGGAUAUUUUGUCAUACAUUAGUAGGACAUGUCCAGCCAAUGUAGGCCAUAAUUAUCAUAUUGUUGCCGUGUUUGGGUCACAAUCAACUGGAAAGUCUACUUUACUUAACAAUUUGUUCAAUACCAAUUUCGAUGUUAUGAACGAGCAAAGUCGUCAACAAACAACCAAAGGAAUUUGGCUAGCCCAAUCGCUGCUCUUGACAACCACGUCUGGGCGCGCAAUUGGCAACAACAACAGCAGCACGAAAGACGGCAAUGGCAACUCAAACAUCAUUGUUAUGGAUGUGGAGGGUACAGACGGUCGCGAAAGGGGCGAAGACCAGGACUUUGAACGGAAAGCGGCGCUAUUUGCGUUGGCAACGUCUGAAGUUUUGAUUCUCAAUAUUUGGGAACACCAAAUAGGAUUGUAUCAAGGUUCAAAUAUGGCAUUGCUAAAAACAGUGUUUGAGGUCAAUAUCACAUUAUUUGGGAAAAGCAAGUUGGACUCAAAGAACGACCACAAGGUUUUGCUUUUGGUGGUUAUAAGAGAUCAUUUGGGCAACACUCCGAUUGAAAAUUUAGCCGCAACAGUAACCACUGAUUUGAAGAAAAUGUGGGAUGCCUUGGUAAAACCUAGCGAGUUGGCACAUUUGACUUUUGAAGAUUUUUUUGAUAUUGAUUUCCACGCAUUGAAUCAUAAAAUUUUACAACCAGACCAAUUCGCAAGAGGCAUAGCAGAGUUGGGAGACAGACUCAUCGAUGGAUUGUUCAAGCCAGAAUACCAUCAUAAUGUACCUAUUGAUGGGUGGACACUAUAUGCUGAGAAGUGCUGGGAGCAAAUCGAAACCAAUAAGGACUUGGACCUUCCAACGCAGCAGAUUUUAGUUGCCCAGUUUAAAUGUGACGAGAUUGUUGAAAAUGUUUUUGGUGAAUUUGUAAACAAGUUUGCAGAGAUGUUUAAGGAUAUUGAAAAGGAGGAGGAGGAGGAGGAGAAGAAGACGAAGAAGAAAGAGCAUGUUUACGAGGAUGUUGGCUUGCUAUUUGUUGAUCUUAGGAACGACGUUUUGGAAGAAUACGAUCAUUCAGCUGCAAGAUAUAACCAAUCCGUUUACCUGCAAAAGAGGUUGAAACUUGUAUCUUUGAUAAAUAGCAAAUUCAAGGAAGUUUUUGAUGCUUACUCGAAGCAGCUUAUCCAGUCUUCACUAGACUCGUUUGAAAAGAACCUUGUAUCAUUAAAGGGCAAGAGUUUUGCAAAGGAGUCCGAGAGGUUAUCGUCAGAGAUUGCCAGAAAUGUUGAACAGAAUCUUGGCUUUAUAUCUUUAGAAGGUACAUUUACCAUUGACGAGUUGGUUAACAAGUUUCAAACCGAUAUUGAAACUAUUAUCAAGAAACAGCAGAAAGUGGAGUUGAACAAUAUUGUAAACAAAGCUAUUAAAAAAUUAUCAACAAAUUUGUUGAAAAACAUGCAACUCCAAUUGAAUGAUCCCGAUGAGAAAACUUGGGACAACAUUCUCAAUAGUUUUAAUCAACUUGUUGGCAAUUUUUGUUCAAAAUAUGAGAAUGAUUUUGACUUGAACACGUCACAAGAAGAAAAUGAGAAAGCUAUGAACAAGUUUAAGUUCCUUUCCUGGAAUGCAUUUUAUGAAAUAAUUCACAAGCUUAUAUAUAAAGAGAAAGUAGUGGAACAACUUCAAAGUAAAUUUGACGACAAGUUUAGGUACGAUAACAAAGGUUUACCUAGGAUGUUUCAAGACUCUAAAGAGUUGGAAAAUGUAUUUGGCAUUGCCAAAGAGUAUGCUUUAAGAAUCUUACCAAUUUUGACCAUUGCCAAAUUGAGCGACGAUUCUGAGAUUGUUCCUGAUUUUGACAUUUUCAAUAAACAAUUGAGAAGGGAAUAUUUGGGUGUAAAGAGUCUUGAUAUGGUUAGUGACGAUGAAUAUGGUGCAGAAGAAGAUGAAGAUGACGAAGAAGACAAGGAGAGAAAUUUCAGCGAUAUUAUCAGUGAGACGGAAAAGGCGCAAAUAUUAGCCAAAUUCAAAAAGGAAAUUGAUGCUAAAUUUGUGGAAACGAAGCGUUCAAUAGUUCAACAUAUUACUCAGAUCCCAUACUAUAUUUAUUUGAUAAUUAUGCUAUUAGGAUGGAAUGAGUUUAUGGCGGUUAUUCGAAACCCAUUCACCUUUUCAUUGGCUAUUAUUUUUGGCGUGUCAUUGUAUGUGUUGUACACGAUGAACCUUUUAAAGCCAGCAUUGGUUGUUGGACAAAGGCUAGUAGAUGAAAUUAUAGUAGUUGCGAAAGAGAAAUUGAGGGAAGUCUUGGUUGAUGAUCACUUGGUACAAGCACAUAAUCUUGAUAAAAUGACUGGUACAAUAAGAAGCCAAUUAAAGGAGGAUGAAAAGGAGGAUGAGGAUGAAGAGGUGGUGGUGAAUGAGGACAAGGUGACAGAAGAAUCUAUAUAG